CAAGGACUCACGGCUGCCCAUAUUGCUCGCAGACGACACUUCCCGGUCCUCUUCGACACCCUCCGCACUGUCACCACAGUCGUUACACAAUGGGAGGAUAUUGAGGAAAUCGAGGAAAUUAUACUCGACAGUCCUGAAUUCAUGGGCGAAACUGGCGCUGUGGAUUCGGACGAUGAAGGAAGCUCGGCGUCCGUGACAGAUACUGUUCGCGUACCUAUUGACAAUGAGCAGAUCUGGGAUGAAAUGGAAUAUCUGAGCCAGCCUCUAGAUAUCAUAAAUAUAAUCAACACCACCAUCAUCAUCAUCAUCCUCACCAUCAUCAUCCUCAGCAUCAUCAUCAUCAUCAUCAUCAUCAUCAUCAUCAUCAUCAUCAUCAUCAUCGCAUCAUCAUCAUCAUCAUCAUCAUCAUCAUCAUCAUCAUCAUCAUCAUCUGUGUCACUGCUUGCUGCGAACUGUUUCAUGAAUGCCUUUAUUAAGGGAUACGCCAUAGUGAAUACGUUAUCGCGACUAAUUUUUUUCAGUCUUGUCUUGUCUGCUUAG